GACCUGGAACUUCUUCAGCAACUCCUUCACUCAAAACAAUCCUUCUUCUCCGAUCAGCAAUGGCGGCAACCCUGAAUGGACUCACCCUCACCGGUGCCGCCCCCAGGGUCUCGCCCCGGUCGCAGGCCUCUCAGGCGAGGUCGCAGUCCAUGGCAGUUGCGGUGAAGGCGGAGCCGUGGGGUGCCAGCUGGAGGUCGAUGAGGACGGGGAGGCAGGUGGCGGCGGUGUUAAAGGCGGCGCCGGAUCGCCUGGAGGACAAGGUGGCGGAGAGCAUAAAGCAGGCGGAGGAAGCGUGCUCGGAGGACCCGGCGAGCGGGGAAUGCGCGGCGGCGUGGGACGAGGUGGAGGAGCUGAGCGCUGCGGCUAGCCACUUGAAGGACAAGAAAAAGGCCACCUCCGACCCACUCGAGAACUACUGCAAGGACAACCCCGAGACCGACGAGUGCCGCACUUACGAUAAUUAAUCAAAUUAAUCUAUAAUUAAUUAAGAUUUCACUCUAAAUUAAGAUUAUUAUUGUUAAUUAACUAGGGCAGGCUUCUUUUAAAAUAUUUUUUAUGCAUAAUAAUAAAAAGUUUUGUUUUCUGAAUUAGGUUGGUGGUGAUGUGAAAUUAAAACUAAAGAUGAAGAUGAUUGUGGCGUAUUUUGUUAUUUUUGUACUUUAUUAUGCCAACUAUAAUAUAUUGUGAUGGUUAAGUUUCCACUUG